GUCGAGCUCUCUCUCACUCUCACAUGAGAUUCCGAGCCUGUCGCUCCUUCGCCGGCACCGUCGCGGUCGCUGCCUCUCGCUUCCGUCGGUCCGUCUCCGCCUCGCAUCUUUCUCCCUCAGUGGUUGGCGAAGUACCUCACAAAAUAUGGCUGCUGUUCCUGCUCAGAUCUCUAAUGAGUUUGGUCCUGGUUCCAUUGAGGGUUUGGUUUUAAGGUUUCUAACAGAUCAUCGAUCAUGUACUGUUUGGGAAGGCAAGGAUCCGGGGGCACUGAAAUGCCAUGGUCGUAAUGAAGAGUUGCGGAAACGACGCCCGAUAGUGGUGGAUGAUCGCGUCCUUGACAUUGUCAAGAGAGUUGGAUUAGAGGGGCUGUAUAGGACCCCAUGUAGAGAGAUUGAUAAUAAUUUGAUAACGGCCUUCGUUGAGCAAUGGCGGCCUGAAACCCACACCUUCCACCUGCCACAUGGUGAGACAACGAUCACAUUACAAGAUGUGGAGGUUAUUUUCGGGAUUCCAAUCGAUGGUGAGGUGAUUGUUGGAAAAACUGACUUGAAAUGGGCUGCUGAAUGUCAGAGUCUGCUUGGAAUUGCUACUAAUGCUGUGGUGCUUAAAGGACAAAGGAUCCUAAUUAACAAGCUACUAGAAAAAAUUGACCAAGGGUUGCCCGAUGGUGCAGCAGAGGUGGUUGUGCAUCAAUAUGCACGGUGUUAUAUUUUAGCACUGCUGGCAGACACAAUUUUCGCCGACAAGUCUGGUGAUAGGGUGCAUACGAUGUGGUUGCAGAUGUUGACGAACCUUCGCGAUCCACCUCAGUACAGUUGGGGGAGCGCUUGCCUUGCAUAGUUGUACAGAGAGUUAUGCAGGGCAACCGACAGAGGUGCCAGUUAGAUUGGUGGGGCUUUGCUACUAGUUCAGUAUUGGGCAUGGUUCAGAUUACCGUUUUUGUGCCCAAGGAAAGACCUCCCACCAGAUGAUACAUAUGGCCCACCAUUUGCGCCUUC